AUGCUCAUCUUUGCGGUUUGUCUGGCUGGAGCUGUGAUCCAGCCCGUUUCUUCACAGUUUGUAAGUGUUUUAAGGGUUUUUCGUCGAUAAAAGCUUUGAUUUUAAGGGGUUUCACAGUUCUUUUCCUCAUUCUUUCUACUCUUUGGACGAAGAUACGCUGGAAACUCGUUUCCGGAAUUUUCAACUGAAAACUUCCCAAGAAAUGGUCAACCUCAGAGAGCGCAUCGCCAAGUUGGAAAAAUUGGUAAUUUUUGGGUCUAUAAGUUCCUUUUAAAGGACUUCUUCAAGAUGAAAACUUGAAUUACCAUGCCUUGAAGAUCCUAAAUGAUACUAAAAUUGUCUUAGUGAAACGCGGUGUUGGUUCUGUUGCGAGGUGGCAUUCUAAACCAUAGUGGAGAAGUAGUUAAAGGUCGGACGCAAUUUUAAACCUAGCAAAAUCAAACAUUUUUCAUCUUGAAAAAUCACGCACCUGCCGUUUUGAAAAAUUUCUUAACACGGCAAAAAUAUCGAGUAUACAGUAUUUCUCAAAAUUUUCCGUGUUGCUUCAAGAAAAUAAUGUUUAAAAACCGACUAAUCUUGAAAAUUUCGUUUGAAAAAAAUUUACUAAGCCAUCCUUAUCGCCCACUAGUCGUCUCAAAACUAUUUCAAAGCCCAAAGUCUCAAAUCUUUCCUAUAUUUCACAAAUUUUCAGAUCGAAGGUUUAGGAAAAAACAGCCCAUUCAUCUUGGAAUACUACCGACAGCGGGUCGAUGUACAAAUUGUUCAGUGAGCGAAAAAAUUGGGAUGAUGCUGAGGUUUCAAAAAUUUUAUUAUUGAAAACUCAAAAAAAAAUUUAGGCUCACUGCCAAUCUCUGGACGCUCAUUUAGCUGUAGUUGAUAAUCAAACCAAAAACGAUUUCGUCACAGGUUUUUUUUUUCCAAUUUGUAUUGAAAGUUUAACGCGAUUUCAUUUAGGUCUGCUUUCUGAAAGCAGAACAUCGGACUUGGCUUGGAUCGGGAUGAAAACUAAAACCACCAGCAUGCCAACAUCUUUCACCAAUUUCGCUGCAGAAAGCCCAAUUGAUGGAUGCGCAGGUUUUUUUUAUUCCAAAAAGGGUAAAUAAAUUUACCUUUUUAGUAAUCGACAAAUCCGGCGUCUGGUCGAUCCGUUCAUGCAUACAACUGCGGCCCUUCAUUUGUCAAAUCGUGAAGGCCUGA